AUGGGACAACCAGACAACAGGACAACCGGACAACCGGACAACAGGACAAUCGAACAACCGGACAACCGGACAACUGGACAACUAGACAAGCGGAAAGUGGACAACCGGACAACCGGACAACCGAACAACCGGACAAUCGGGCAACUGGACAAGCGGACAAGCGCAUGUGCUGUUGUGUUGGGCUCCUCCUCCCCUCGCCAGAGCGGUUUCAGGCGGUUCCGUCCGACCCCCGAAAUGGUUGAUGCAGGCCCAGCCCGCAGACCACGGGUCUCCUGUCCGAAUGGCCAGUUCAUGCCGGUUCAGUUGCCCUGGCAGCCACGUGUCCUGUUCGACGCGAGCCGAGCAGCUGGCACAAGAUUGCGCUACUCCGCGCCACUCGCUCAACCGGCCAGCCCGCCAGCCAGCAACUGCUGCUCUCUCCCAACGCUGUCUCGCAAAUGA